UACGCACGCGCAAAUAUAUAUCCUCAAGUCGCUUGCUAUUGCUGUCAAGUUCCAUCGCGAAAAGGGAGAAAUAACAUUUAUUUAGACCAAUAUUUCGUGAUAUUUUUACUCAGUAUUGAAGCAAGAUGUCUGGAAGUAGAAGGCGGAGGUACCGUGAUGAUGAUGAAGAUAUGGAUACUGGCCAUAGGUCAAAACGACGAAGGCCAGACAAUGCACAGAUUGAAGAAAGAUUGGAAUCUUUGAUCACCAGAGUUGGAGAGAAGAGUACUUCAUCGCUUGAGAGUAAUUUGGAGGGACUUUCAGGGGUGUUAGAGGCCGAUCUACCCAACUACAAAGCAAAGAUUAUCAAAAUCUUGUGCGAAUGCGCUGUUGCACUUCCAGAGAAGAUCACUGUCUACACCACACUCGUGGGUCUUCUAAAUGCCAAAAACUUCAGCUUUGGUGAUGAUUUUAUUGAAGUGCUGGGAAAGAGCAUGAAAGACUUCAUGAAGAACAACGAAUGGAGUAAAGCAAGGUUUGUUGUGCGCUUCUUUGCUGAUCUUGUAAACUGCCAUGUCAUAGAUGUGGCCUCACUCCUUUCGCUCUAUGAGAACUUUAUGGCAGUCACCGAGGAGCCAGACAUCCCUCAAGUGCGCUCUGAUUGGUUUGUCUACUCUAUCUUGAGCAGUUUACCAUGGGUUGGAUGUUCAUUGGAUGAGAAGAAAGGAGAAGAACUCAGCAAACUAAUGAAGUCCAUUGAAGGCUAUUUAGGUAAAAGGAAAAAGGAUCACGUUCCUUUCCUCCGGGUUUGGCAUGGCGAGAAUCCACACGAACAACAAGAUUAUUUGGACAGUCUAUGGCAGCAGGUCAGUAAACUCCGCAGGGACCAGUGGCUUGAGAAGAUCAUCAUGCGCCCCUACAUGGCCUUCCACUCCAUCCUGUCGGAAUCAUCAGUGCACAACUUGCCCCCCUUCACACCCCCUCCUCACAUCCCAGACCUGACAUAUCCCAUCCCCAAGGUGGUCUUCAGGAUGUUUGAUCCAACAGAUGCUCCAGAUGGACCACCUCUGCCAGGUGCACUUUCCAUCGAGCGAUACUUAGUGGAGGAUCAGAUCAGUUCACUCAUUACCACUUACUACAAAGAUAGGAAAGAAUGUGCUGCUCAGUUGUUGAACUACCAUGCCAAGAAGCAAGUACCUCUGAAUUAUGUCAUUGUGGAGGUGAUGUUUGGCCAACUCUUCAACCUCCCUCAGUCUCCACGGAUCCAUGUGUUCUACAUGUCUCUCUUCCUGGAGCUAUGCAAGCUCCAGCCUGGAUCCCUUCCACAAGUUCUUGCUCAAGCCUCUGAGAUGCUCUAUGAGAGAUUGGAGCACAUGAACCUCCAUUCUUCAGAUAGAUUUGUGAACUGGUUUGCACAUCAUCUCAGUAACUUCCAGUUCAGAUGGAGUUGGGAAGAGUGGACUGAUUGUCUGAAUGUUGAUGUUGAUCUGCCAAAGCCUAAGUUUGUGAUUGAGGUGCUAGCUAAAUGUCUGAGACUGUCGUAUCAUCAGCGCAUUGUUGAGAGUGUUCCUGAGACCUAUGCUCCUUUAUUACCCAACCCACCUGACCCUAUUUAUAAGUAUGGCCAGGAAGGAGCAGACUCUCUACCAGGAUACAUUGUUGCACAGAACCUGACUGAUAUGAUCAAGAAGAAAGCUUCACCUGAGGUCAUCAUUGAGGUUCUCAAAGACACACCUAAUCCUAAAGAUGUUGAUGGCAUGGAAGACGAGACUAGCUUCAAUGCUUUGAAGAUUGAUGUAUUCGUUCAGGUACUCCUUCAUCUUGGCUCUAAAUCCUUCAGUCAUUCCUUCAGUGCACUUGCCAAAUUUCUACCUGUGUUGAAAGAGCUUGCAGUGAAUGAGGAGAGUCAGAUCUAUAUCUUAAGGGUUAUCAAAGACAUCUGGAGGAAUCACUCACAGAGGAUUGCCGUCCUAGUGGACAAGCUCCUGCGUACCCGUGUGAUUACUUGUCCCGCGGUGGCUAACUGGUUGUUCUCUUCCUACAUGUCAUCGAGCUUCACCAGGAUGUUCGUAUGGGAGAUCCUUCAUUCUACCAUCAACACCAUGAACAAACACGUCAAGGCAUGUGAGACAGAGCUUGAGGAGGCUAGACAGAGUGCCAAGAGACCUGAUGAUGUGGAUAUGGAGAGUGAUGAUGAAGAUAGAUAUGACAUCUCUAAGGCUGAUAGUGAGACUAAGAUUGAUCUACUCCAAGAGAAACUAGAAGGAGCACAGAGUGAAGAAAAGAAACUCUUCCUCAUCAUAUUUCAGCGUUUUGUGAUGGUGUUGGGAGAGCACAUGGUAUCCAGUGAGAACAAGGAAGAAGAUUUCCGCACACCUUGGUUCAUCCAUGCUAUACAGAGGUUACAACAAAUAUUUCUUGUGCAUUACCAUCAGGUCGUGAAGUACACUACAACCCUUGAGAACCUUGUUUUUACGACCGACACCGACCCAACUAUUCUGGAGGUCUUUACAGCUUUCCGCUCUCUCCACUCAUGAUGACAUCCCUGGUGCUCUCGUUGUAAUUCUAGAAAUGUCCUGACCCUUUAUAAAGAGAGAUCCUACAAACCUGAAGGUUUUCACAAGCUGCACUACCUCCAAUCAUGAUGACAAUCUCAGUGCUCUCAUUUUUAUUCAAGAAUAGUCAUAACCCUUUUCAAUUUUAUCAAGAUAGAUCCCACAAACUUGGAAGUCUUUGCAAGCUUCACUCUCUCCAGAAUCUAUUUGUUUCCUAAAGAUCCCACAAACUUGAAGCUCUCACUCUUUCUGCCCCUGAUGAUAAACCAGCUAUUUUCGUUUAGAUCAAGAACGACCAUCACCCUUUCCAAUUUUCUGUCCAAUUUCAUAUGGAGAGAUUCCAAAUGUUUAUCUACUCUAGGGUUCCAAUGAAACAAGCGUCAACAGAUCAUAUGAUGCCAAUAUAUCUGAGAGUAAAACUGUAUUUUGGGUUUCUCACAAUAUUGAUAUUUGAAUUUAAACCGGUCAAUGAGAUUGAAUUCUGAAAGUAAGACUAGCAUGUCAUGUUUAUUUAAUUUAUUGUCCAAGUUCUUUUCCUUGAUGGCUCACAUAAACAGAGGUGACCAAUUUGUGCACACUUUUUUGCCACAUGUUGGUUAGUGUGAUCUCAAUGGAAACUUAUUGUCUGACUUACAAUGCAGUGGAUGUGCCUUGGCGGAGCAGAUUAAGAUGCCUGACUAAAAAACUUUGGGCACUGCACUUCUGCACUUGAGUAAGGGGGUGAUGUAUUUUAUCUACACUGUUUGUUCAUGUUAAUUUAACUUUAUCCAAUGGUUUCUGUUGACUUAAAAGAAUAAGUACACUUGAUGAUGUAGCGCACAGACUGAUAAAUGUCAAAUAAUACUCCACCCUCUUAAGGUAUCAUUUGAACAUUAAAAAUUUUGAAGUAUGCAUUAGUGAAAGAACAGUAUGAUACUUAUUUUUCAUCAGGCAAGACCAUUAUGUAGUAUAAUUGAUUUGAUAUAUGGUUAUGAUGUCGCACAAACCUUAACUAAGGAUAUUGACUCUGUGAUUUACUCCACAAGCAGCACACACGUGAAUUUAGCAAAAUGUGCCUUCGUGAGAU